GCCAGGAGGGUCACCUGAUUUUCGGGAGCCUCCCGGCCAUUCCGGGAGAGUAGGCAAGUAUGCAUUCCGAUGUGCACCUUCUCCUCCGAUUGUGAUAAAUAUUCAUGGCAGCCAUGCCGAUCCGCGGCUCCAAUCCGAGGAGCAUGGGAACGCGCCUCGGAUUGGAGUCAGAGGAAAAUGACAUGCGAUGUGACACUUUUCAUCUGAUUCAUCAAACAGAGAGCUCGAAAUCAGAUGAAAAUUGGUCAUAUCGCACUAUUGGAUCGGGGCCUAAAGUCUGAUUUUUCCUAAAAUUAUUUUUUAAGGACAAAUCAGCGGGAAUUCCUUUGGCACUGGAACAUCUCCUCCAUUCCCGGUCCCCAGUGAUCCGCCAUUACCUUCCUAACUCCAUACAUACAUACAUACAGCCUGCCAGCCUUCCUUCCCCGAUCUACAAAGCUAUGCAAGGGCACUGCGGUAGGUUUGUGCGGUCACGGUGAUGCAAAUUUCUGCUGGAAAAGAUACAAUCGGCCCCGGUGUGUGACGCUAUCAGCAGAAAAAGGAUGAAUGAUCUACGUGACUCGGCGAUUGUUUGCUUGAGUCUGGCUGCGGCAGUCUGAACGGCGGAUCUUGCUACCCACAGUGCAUUGCGAGACAGCUAUGGCCGGUGUACUGAAAAAGACCACUGGAUUGGUUGGAUUAGCUGUAGCUCAAAAUCCCCAUGAGCGUUUGAGGAUAUUAUAUACAAAAAUUCUCGCUACACUGCAGACCAUUCCAAAUGAUGCGGCAUACCGGAAAUACACCGAGCAGAUUGUGAAUGAGCGAUUAAAUGCUGUAAAGGCUGAACCUAUUGUUGUGAAUUUGGAGGAAAAGUUUAACUGUGGUCAAAUAGAAGAAGUUAUUUCACAGGCUGAAAAUGAAUUAAGUCUGGCAAGGAAAAUGGUGCAAUGGAAACCUUGGGAACCGCUAAUUGAAGAACCACCUGCUAAUCAAUGGAAGUGGCCAAUAUAGACUUUGUUAGCUGUAAAUAAUUUAUAAAGUCAAAAGGGCCAUAUAUUCAUGUAUUGUCUUCCCAAUUUAAAUUAAUAAAACCAAUACUGCUUGUU